GGAGCAAGCAUGGCGGGGAGGAUGCGGCUUGUGCUGUGGAUGCUCUGUACAGUGUGGGUGAUGGUCAAGGCCAUCUCUGUGCAAACUCCAAAGGAAGUCAUCCGGGCUGCCAGGGGCAAGAGCGUCACCCUUCCCUGCACCUAUGAAACCACUUCCUCCACACGAGAUGGGUUUAUCCAAUGGGAUAAGCUUCUAAGAACUCAUACGGAAAAGGUGGUCAUCUGGAACUUUGUGUACAAGAACUACGUCUUCGGGGAACUUUAUGAGAACCGCGUCAAUGUAUCGGCCCAGGCCGAGCAGUCGGAUGCCUCGGUCACCAUCAAUCAGCUCACCAUGGAUGACAAUGGCACCUAUGAGUGUUCUGUCUCUCUAAUGUCAGAUCAGACUGGCACCAGCAAGUCGCGUGCCUACCUCCUGGUCCUCGUGCCACCUUCCAAGCCGGACUGUGGCAUCGUCGGGGAGACUGUGAUUGGGAACGACAUCCAGCUGACCUGCGAAUCCAAGGAGGGCUCCCCAGCGCCUCAGUACAGCUGGAAGAGCUACAAUGUGCUGAACCAGGAGCGGCCACUGGACCCAGCCUCAGGUGAUACCGUGACCCUGAAGAACAUCUCCACCGACACCUCGGGCUUCUACAUCUGCACCUCCAGCAACGAGAUGGGGCAGGAGUCCUGUAACAUCACUGUGGCUGCCAGGCUUCCUUCCAUGAACGUGGCCCUGUACGCGGGCAUUGCAGGGGGUGUGGUGGCGGCCUUCAUCGUCCUUGGUAUCAUCAUCUUCUGCUGCUGCUGCCGGCAGAAGGACAAGGUCGACGACAACGAGGACGCCCGGCCGAACCGGGCAGCCUACCAGGAGCCACCAGAGCAACUGAAGGAGCUGUCCAGAGUGAGAGAGGAAGAGGAAGAUGAGCAGGAGCGCACCGGGCGCCAGUCUCCCGACUCCCGUGACCGGUGA